AUGGCUCCUUCAUUCAACUUUGGUGAGGCUAUGGCCGCACCAUUCGAAUUUGGGGGGUCGAGUUUUGCUGAUUUCGAGUUCUCGACGUUUACUCCCGCCAAGGCUGCCGAUAAAACCGCAGCUACAGACACAGGAGUUGAUUGCUUGUCGACAAGAUCAUAUGCAUCGCCUGGAGAACUUGCUUCGUCAUCAUUCUACCCAUCUUCUCUGGCUGCCGUUAAGACCGUUUUGAAUCAUGGUGUGCUAACCCUGCCUUCGAGCGCAUCACAAGCGCCUGUAAUUGAAGCCGAGACCAAACCGAGUGCAAAGCAGGCGGCCGUUUCUGCAAAGACCUACACCAAAGCCCAAAUUGAUCAGUGGAUCACCUCCGAAUUCCACAUUCGUUACGUCGACGUAGACGGUCGGUUCGAUAUUGAGACCGGUACCGACAGUUUGCUAAUACAAGCAAGUAUUGAGAAGAGUAUUUCUGGAUACCGAGAUAAGUUCCACACUGCGCAAGCGAUAGCUGCAAACUUGACCUGGACUACAAGCCGCAAUCAGGAAGACAAUCGCCGGAUGAUCAUCAACGGCCUUUCUCUUAAAUAUGCGGGAACUUCCUUGGAAUAUAUUGAAGCCGUGGCGAGGAAUGUAGAAGUAGAACACGCGAGACUACGGCGAAAAGAGAACCGUCAGCUACAGCGCACGCGUCGACGUCAGGAAGUCUGCCAAAAGGAAGACGAACGCCUUCAAUUAGAAAGGAGCGCGCAAGAUUCUGAUCACGAUCUCGUCCUGGGAGAACUGCAGAGUGAGGACGGGAUGGCUAAAAAGAAGAGCCAACGGCCAAGUGCGUGGUUUCCGAAACCUUGGCCCACUUUCGAUCCGAGUCUGACGGACGCGAGCUUCAAUCGUGCAACUCAGGAUGGUCCUAGAGGUAGUGACGCAUGGGUGCAAUGGCACUAUUGUACGAACGCAUUCGAAUCCGACGGUACUUUCAAGGGCUGGAACUCGUUGAAACGACACUUGGUCAGUCUCAGCGAUGACCAGAUCAGCUCUAUGGCUAUCUCGCAGACGGUGAAGAACCUGCGUCUUAAUCUAGACUCCGCACCAUACUCAUUGCCUAUGUUGGACAGUGAUGGCAAGCCCAUGGAAGGGGAGAUCCAGAAAAUUUUCCUUAAGAGGCCGGUGCCAUUAUCUACUGCGACCGGGCCCAAUUCCGUCGUCGCGCAUGCCCGGUCAGAAACACACGGCGCUCCCGAGACAACAACACCGAGUCCGCCUCUGGCUGAACGUUCUGACUUGCUUCAACGCCAGCUUGGCCAGAUGCGAUUGGACGUUCAUACAGACCAACGCGAAAGCUCUCUCAUGAAUAGUUCUGAUGCACCAGAAGAAGACUCGUUGAACGCUGGCGCAAUGGUUGACCUCGACGCAAUGGACGUCCUAUUGACCGAUGAUAGCUUCACCGACGGUAGUGGCACCGACCACCAGGCUGAAAUCCGACAUGCACCACUUGCAGAUGAGGGUAUCUUCAGGAGCAGGUCGACUAUAAGCCUUAUUCCCCAGUUCGGUCUCAUGGGAACGCAUGAUCAAAACAUCGAUAAUGCGAGUUCGAAACUGUUUCUGAACACCAACGUUCCUUUCUCCGCAUUCGUAUGCGGCGUUCAGGGCAGCGGCAAGUCUCAUACCACGUCUUGCAUUCUGGAGAAUUGUCUCAUUCCUUCAAAGAAUCUUGGUGUACUCCAAGAGCCGUUGUCCGCUCUUGUGUUCAGUUACGGUCUCUUCACCGGCGAUGGCGCUGGAUUCAGCAUCAGCGAAGCUGCAUUCCUCGGGGCACCUAUUCCGCGACUGGGCAAUGCGCACGUCAAGAAAAUCCACGUCCUCGUUUGCGACACUAACCUGCGGAGGAUUCGAAAGCUUUAUGAGCGUCUUCCCAAUGUCACGGUUAGCGCUUUCAAACUCAACCCUAGGAACCUCGACAUUGACUUGAUGCUCACCCUAAUGAAUGUGUCUGAAUCAGACAGAAUGCCACUCUACAUGGGUGCGAUCCUGCAGAUCAUCCGCGAGAUGGCCACAACGAGCGAUAGAUUCGACUACAGGGUGUUCAAAGAACGCGUGCGGGGACAGAGGUUUUCGCCCGACCAAGAAAACAUGUUGAAGAUUCGUUUGGACCUGCUGGAGUCGUUCCUCGACUUGCAAGGAACUAAUCGCGACGAUAUGCUCUUCAAGCCAGGCGAGAUCACCAUUAUGGAUAUGAGCUGCCCCUUCGUGGACUCUCGGGCUUCCGGCAAGUUGGUGGUGUUGGACGAGGCUCAUAAGUACAUGCUCGACGUUCCUGGUGCCAAAGGCCUGAACCAAGCCUUGGUGGAUACCAUCCGCAUGCAACGCCACACCGGAACACGCGUGGUCGUCUCUACUCAAGAGCCGACUCUGUUGACCGACCUGAUCGCUCUGUGUUCCGUCGCUGUGAUCCACCGUUUCUCAUCUCCGGAGUGGUUCACCGCAAUCAAGAGGCACAUUCGUAUCCCAGAGGCAGACCGCGAAGCGCUUAUGGAGCGCAUCGAGGGCUUAUCCACGGGCACCGCAAUCGUUUACUCCCCGAAUUCCAUUCUUGGCUAUGUCGAUGGCAGUAUCAAGAAGGGAACUGGAACGAUGACGAAAGUGAAGAUGAGGAAGCGGAUUACCGCUGAUGGUGGGCAAUCGGUCCUGGCCGUGUAG